GCGAGAAGAAACUCGGUACCGUCAUCACUCCCGAUACGUGGAAAGAUGGUGCAAGAAACACUACAGAAAGUGGUGGCCGUAAGCUAAAUGAAAACAAGGCAUUGACCUCAAAAAAGGCAAGGUUUGAUCCUUACGGAAAGAACAAAUUUGCAAUAUGCCGGAUUUGUAAGAGUUCUGUUCAUCAGCCAGGGUCUCACUAUUGCCAAGGAUGUGCCUAUAAAAAAGGCAUCUGCUCAAUGUGUGGCAAGAAGGUCUUGGAUACGAAGAACUACAAGCAAACUUCUGUCUAA